AUGAGUUAGUAUUCAUUUUGUAGUCCAAAACCAAGAUUUUUGAAUAUAAAAAUGGAUGAAUCAGAAUAAAGAAGUUGGUCGAAAGAAUACAAAAAGCGUAGUGACUUUUUUUGUCCAUCUACUAAGCCUCCAACAUCUAGGCCUUAAACAAUAGAUUCAAAAACAGAAGGAAAUAAAGCUAUAAGAUGUAAUUUCAGAUAAUAAAGGCAAUAUUCUUUAUAAGAUUCAGAAAUAGUUGGUGUUAUCUAAGAUGUUUAAUUAGUUGAUUAUCUAGUAUUUGGUUAUUAUUAACGUAGUUUUAAUUAAAAAAUAGAUAAUAGAAUCGAUAUAAAAGUAGAAUCUUAAAGUUACAUGAGAAAAAAAUUAAAGUUUGGAAAAAUUAUAAAUUUCCAUAGUUGUUUUAAAGUUCAAAAAAAAAUGAUGAUAGCUUUGAUCCAUUGACUAUAUUUGAUAUAAAAAAAGAUAAAACUUUUAACAAUAUUUUUUGA